AUGGCCUUUCCUCCAGCUUCUGCUGGGCCUAAUGCAGUGAGAGCCUAUAUCUCUGAUAUUCUCGUCGCUAAGCAUGACGUGACCGCAGACUUUGCCAACGAAGUAGCUAGUCGCUGGCAAUUAGGUCGACCAAACGACCUGCGCCAUGCAUCUACCCGGACCUUCGAACGGGUGUUUGGAAAAGACGUUGGGCAUUUUCUCUACCGAAGCGUCCAAGAGGAUAUCAGGGAACAAUGGUACAGCUCUACCGCCGGGGUAUUUAGUUCCUGGGUGUUAGUCUGCUCCGUAGUGCUCUCCAUGUUCUUUCUCAUUCAGGCAGCACGCGCAAGUGUAUCCUCUACGGGCGCUGCCGCCUUGCGCUAUGCCGGGCUGGCCUUUGGACCGCCGAUGGUCUUUUGUGGAAUUCAGGACCAGUAUAGUCAGUGGCAAUUUGCUCGACUUUUCCUUGGUGGCAUUGUAUGCUUCUUGACUUUUCUCGCGUUUCUGGUCGCUUCCACAGACGAGCGUGUGGAGAAGCAGAAGAUAGAAACAGAGGGCCGAAAGCAGGACAAAGUGGAACAGAAAGAGUAG